UCCCGCCCUCGGAUUGGGUCGCUGGGGGCCAAAUACCCAGCGGCUGCCAACCGAAAGGCCAAUUUCCGUGCUGACCGAGCCAACCACGGAGGAAAAGCUAACAGGACAUAGCUUGGUACCAGGCGGCACUCGCUGCUGCUGCAUCACAACGGCCCGCGGCUCCUUCCCUUCCCCCCCCACCAACCGCCGAGUCGACGCCUGCGCCUCCCCUCCCUCCGUCUCUCUCUCCCACACCAUCCACCGUCGACUAACCUGCAUCGCACAUUCUCCCUUUUCUCUUCCAUCCAUCCAUCCCUUCUUACCGUCACACAUCGCGACACACAAAAAAGGCGCAGACUGCGACCUAGGUAGCGACAGCGACGACAAGACCGACUCCGACAUCACAGCACUCGAACCGGUAAACCCACGACAACUCCGACUCCUCCUACCCAGGCCGGCUCCACCCAACAGUCUCCCUUAGGAUCCUUCUAUCCAUCCCAACACACCCCCUUCUCUUCUUUUCCGACCUUACCUCCCCUCGCUUUACUCCAUCAACAUGUACAGCGAGCUCCCCCGCCACCUCCAGGCGCUCAACACGAUCCCCUCCUCCUCGCCCCCUUCGUCGGCCCUCUCGGCGGAGCAGGAGGAGGCCUUCUGGUCGUUUAUGCACACCGACGAGCUCUUCUCCAACUUUGGCCUCGCUCCUUCUGCCUUCGAGUCCAAGCUUGAGAGCGAGCGCUCCAAGCAGGCUGCUACCACCUCGGCCGAGACCCCCGCUGCCGAGACGCCUGCUUCGUCCACCGACUCGAACAAGUCGGCGGACCACCCCACCCUCGAGUCGUUCCUUGCUACCUUUGCCGACGAGUCGGGUGCCGCCCCCGCCCUGCCCACCAACUACCUGCUGGCCAUCCCCCCCUACGCGUCGUCGUCUUCCGACUCGGCCCCUACCCCCGCCGCUUCGUCUGUCAAGCCCGCCGAUGUCCUCCCUGCCGCGCCUCCCGCCACCCCUGCCGGCACCGACUUUGACGAGCCUGAGCGUAUCACUGGCGCCAAGCGCUUGAAGCAGAUGGGUGCUGCCCCCGCCGAGAUUGAGGAGGACAAGAGGCGGCGAAACACCGAGGCGUCGGCUCGUUUCCGCGCCAAGAAGAAGGAGCGCGAGCAGGCUCUCGAGUUCCGUGCCAAGGAGCUCGAGGCCCAGGUCGCUACCCUCACUGCCGAGAAGGCUUCGCUCGAGAAGGAGAACAACCUUCUCAAGUUUAUUGUUGUCAACGGCAACGGCGGUGCCGGUGCCCCCGUCCAGGGAGCCGACGGUCUGCAGGCCGCCCUCGCCGCUCUCGGCAAGAGGAAACGAGAGGAGUAGGAGAAACGCUAGGAUUCGUUGUAGAUACUGCUCGUUGUCGCCGGAGUCGGAGUAAGCAGUGCGCGACUCUUUGCCCUCCUUAGCCCCCCCUUAGCCCUUAUAUCGUCUUGUUACCCCCCCCCCCCCCCGCCGCCGUGAGACAUGAUGUUAGACCUUUAAAAGCCCCUCA